AUGCAGCGCCUUCUCUCUCUUCUCCUAAUCUCAACCGCAUCAUCCAGCAAACUCCUGUGCGAAGACGUCCAACUGGCCUGCAUCAGCCGCUUACCGUGCAGUAUGGCGCUUCACGGUCACCGCCUCGACUGUAAACACGAACUCUCUGGAAGAACUCCGGGACAGUGCUCCGUUCCCUGCAGACAAUCCCUGAUCUCUCUCGCGUCGACGGAAGAAGGCUUCGACCUUCUCAAGUGCGACUGCGGAACGGACGCCUUCUGCAAGGCGCUCGACCACCGGGUGUCCACCUGCUGGUGGCAGAGACCUCCGUGCUCCAGGGACAACCUCUCGCCGCGACCUUCUUGCUCGAGGCUCGUCAGUUACUGCGUGGGUGACGCGGUCUGCGCGAGUGCUUGGGAUUAUUACCGGAGGUUUUGUCACGAAGUCUUGGACGGCGGAAGCGACAAGUGCCACGCCAGGUGUAAGAACAGUGUGAGUGUUCUGUUGCGAAUGGAGCAGACGCAUAGGUUGCUGGACUGCGUGUGCGACAGCGCAGUGAGUCGGAAUGUUUGUGCGAGGGAGUUGAACAAGGUGAGGACGUUGUGUUUCGAACUGGAGGAGAUUGAUCCGUCGGGAGCUUUCUUGUUGGAGGGAUUGGGGAUGAAGUGGUUGAUUGCUUUCGUGGUCUCGGUGGUGUGGCUGCGACGGUAG